GUUCGGAUCUUCCAUCUUCUUCUCAUCCAAACCUUCCAUCUUCUUCUCAUCCAAACCUUCCAGCUUUUCCGCAAGUUAAAAUAUAGUUAAAAAACCCCUGACCAUCCUUCAAAUAACCCAAGAUGGUGGAUACACUCGAUUGAGACUUGCCGAGUCUGAAAGGAGUCUGACGCGACUACAACUCGUUUGAGUCGCGAGACUCGGACUCGGUGAGUCCAGCGUGGCGAAAGGAACCUCGUGCUUGUUUCAGCCUUCAAGUGCUCUUCUUAUGUGUUCGUAACUUUGUAUGGACAGAUGAAUUCCUCGUUUCCCCCUCUCUCUCUGAAAGUUCUCUCUGUUUCUUCCCUUCUGAGUUUUGAGCUUCUUUAUUGACGAAUCAGGAGAUUACCUCUGAUUUGCAUUCUAGCUUGCAUCUGAGAUCCUAAGUCGAGUUCUCGUUAACGUUUUCUCAAACCGGUAUACCUGUGUCGAGGAAAGAAUAUUGGAGCGAAGAUGCUGGACGGACUUUUAGGCCGAAGUUUCUCGGGGAAAUGUAAAUCGUCGAUCAAGGCCAUCCAAGCUCGAAUCGAAUUGAUAAGGAGGAGGAGGAACGCAAUGCAGAAGUUCUUGAAGAAAGAUAUUGCUGAUCUUCUCUCCAAUGGCCUCGAUAUCAAUGCGUACGGCCGGGCUGAAGGACUUCUAGUUGAGUUGUGCCUUUCCUCCUGUUAUGAUUUCAUAGAACAAUUUUGUGCGUGUGUUUUGAAGCAGCUUCCAACCAUGCAAAAGCAGAGUGCUUGCCCCGAGGAGUGCAGGGAAGCUGUACCAUCUCUAAUGUUUGCUGCUGCCAGAUUUGCUGAUUUACCAGAGCUACGUGACCUCAGGGAAAUAUUUACAGAGAAAUAUGGGAAUUCCUUGGAGGCUUUCAUAAAUCAAGAGUUUGUUGACAAAUUGGCAUCAAAGACUCCUACAAAGGAUAAGAAGCUCCAGUUAAUGCAAGAUAUUGCAAAAGAGUUUUCUAUAAAUUGGGACUCCAGAACUUUUGGGCAGAAAAUGUCCAAUGUGCCUUCCUCUACACAAGAUCAACUGAAGAAACAUGGAUCUUUCUGCAAUGGCAAACAAGAUGGGCACAGAUUGUGCAAUGAUAGGGAGGAUUCUGUCCAAAAAAGAGAUACUCAAGAUGUUUCAUCUAGAGGAAGAAAGGAAGUCACCUAUGAUGAGUAUAAAUCACACAACAAAAGGGAGGAAACUGUCCUGAAAAGUGACAAGCCAGAAUAUCUUUCUCAUGGAAGACAGGAACUUUGUGGCGAUGGAUAUAAACUGCCAAAUGGAUACAAAUCACACAAUGCUAGAGAAGAUGGUCUGUCCAAAGAAGAUGACCAAGAUGGUCCAUCUCGAGGAAGGCGGGACAAUGCUUUUGGUCAAUGGAUAGGGGAAGAGGAGUUGAAGGUGGUUAAAAAAGAUCAUACUACUGCAAGUAAUAGCCACAAUGAUCUACAAAACCAUUCAAAGUCAGUAGGAAAAGCCUUCAAGGAAGAAGCAGAAAACAUGAGACCUUUUUCCAAUAAUAUAAUCCCCCCUCCUUAUGUCAAACCAAAAGAUGGUAAGUAUGGAAUCAAGACAGAUGUUCAUAUUGCUAGUUCUGACUCUAAUGGCUGCCCUCUGGAUUUUCAAUCCCGCAAUAAAGACUUAAGCAGCAAUAAACUAGAAAAUGCACCAACCAAAGCUGAGGCUGAGUCUGAAAGGAUGAAUGGCCAUGGAGAUGAGACAAAGCCAAAACCGCGGUCAGUCAGGAGGAGACGCACUAAAACUCCACCAGUCCAAGAAAAUGAUGGCAAUUUCGAAGUCCGUGAAGUUACAGGUAGAAUUCCAAGUGGUGGAAAAGGAGAUGAUGCAAGAUUGAGGCACCAAACCUUAUUUGGUUAUGAUCAAGGUCAGAUAGAUGAAGAGGAAAAGAUGGAUAGGCUGUUGAUACACUACAGUAAGAAACAACAGCCAACCUAUGAAGAGUACGAACUGGGCAGACUAAGAGAGCCAAAAUGUCCUGCACAUCAACUUGAUGCCAAUGUUGGUGAACCCCCACAUCAUAGAAGCGGAAACGGGGCUUGCUUGAACUUGGAGUUGAAUCAUCCUCCAGCUAGAGCAGUGUCGCUUCCUCCAGAGCCACCAUCCCUGACUGAAAUCGAAAGAGUACCUGCUCGUGCGGCUUCCUUUGAGUCUGCUAAAGCUGGGCAUGUCCAUCCUAAACUACCAGACUAUGAUGAUUUGGCAGCCCGAUUUGCUACCCUUAGGGGGAGGUGAAGCAGAAUAUAGCAAAUGAAACCUCCUUGUAUUUUCUGUAGUCUAUACGACUAUGUCCAGAGUUCUUGUACCAAAUUUUUUAACCUUCUGGGUUGAUCUUUGUAAUAAUAUCCUAUAGUAAACAUACGUUUCUUUCAUUUCCAAUCUUCCAUAACGCUGUUGCUUC